AGUGCGCUGGUCUCUCCUUCCUUCUGUCAUUCGAUUCUACAGAAAAUAGCCGUGGAAAUUAUGUUAUAACUCAUUCCGUUUAUUUUGUUGGACUCAACAAAGAAUAAUAGACUGUAUGAAUUAAUUAAGGGCAAUUCUUAAUUUUAUGCACUAGGCUAUAUAUUAAGAAAAACGGAAAAGAAAUGAAUAGCAGAGAUGUUGACAGUCCGGUGCCAAGACAGGCGCACAGGGGAGAAAGACAGCCCAAGGCACAACAGGGUGUCAGCAUGAAGAAAAAGAGAACCCCAUCGAAUGCGCCGCACAAACAUGCCCCAGACUCAUCCAGGUCAACAGGGACUGUCCGGCGCAUCAUGGGCAAAGGGAAAGAGAUUAAACUGGACAAAGGGAAGCGCACAGGAAGGGGCGCACCAUCCGUUACGGAGUGCCAAAACAAUCUAAGCACGCCGAGAAAACGAUAUGAAGCUAGCAAUGCUUCGGAGGAUUUGAACAAUGAUUCAGGUUGUGUGUCGGGGAAGCUAUCCUACUCGGACAGAAGUUCUGACAUUUCUGACUGGACGGAGGGAUUUCUGACUGCAUCGGAGGGAAACCAACUUUCUGCGGAGACUCCGUCUCCAAGCUGCGAGGCAGGACCAAGUGGCGGAGAAAGAGAGGCAAAUAGAGACAGGUUGAGUGGGAAUGCACAAAUCAGUGUACGCGAUAUGAGCACUGGAGGCAGCGCAUUCAAACGGCUAGGCCUAUCACAGGAAAAUUAUAUUAUGCAUUCUGUCUGGGAUGGAAACCAUUCUCCUGGAUGCGGAGGGUCCGUUCUUGGUUUCCUUCCCUCGCUGAAUGUCAGUGGAGCGUCCAUGGUGAAUUCACAACCGACCCGGGAGCUCGUGGACGAGACGCACGAGGAUCUUGUCAGAGAAAACGACGAUUUGAGAUCGGAAAAUCAGUAUUUGAAAGAUGAGAUGGAGGAGAUGCGCUGUGAGAUGCUGGAGAUGCGGGAUCUGUUCCUGGAGGAUGAGGUGUGUCAGCUUCAGGAGCUGCGGCUGCAGCUGGAGCAGGCCAACAAGUUGUGUCGCAUCCUGCAGUACCGCCUCCACAAGGCCGAGCGCCGUAGCCUCAGGGUGGCCCAGACUGGCCAGGUGGAAGGGGAACUGGUCCGCUCCCUGGAGCAUGACGUCAAGGUAGCAAAGAGUGUAUCCCUCCGCCUGCACAAUGAGUUGGAGUCCGUGCAACAGAAGAACUCCCGGCUGGAGUGGGAGAACGAUGCGCUUCGGGAGAGGCAACAGGAGCUGGAGGUGGCAAAGCAAGUUCAACAGGGCGAGAUGGAGAAAGCCAGAGAAAGUUCUCUGAAGAGGAAAAAUGUCAGAUCACCAAACAGCAAGAACGAGAAGGCGCUGUCUCCCCAGGAUGACAGUGCUGAUCUGAAGUGCCAGCUUCACUUUGCCAAGGAGGAAUCAGCUCUCAUGUGCAAGAAGCUGAGCAAGAUGGUGUCGGAAUGUGAGUGCAUGCAUGAGGUUCUGUCAAAGUACCGCUCGGCCUAUGGAGACGUAGCUGCUGCUGCCCACUCCUCUGAGGGUGGUACUGCCAAGUCCCCCCACACCAGGGAGGCAGAGGUCAAGGUUCACCUGCGGCUGGUGGAGGAGGAAGCGACGCUGCUGAGCCGCCGUAUUGUAGAGCUGGAGGUGGAGAACCAUGGCCUCCGGGCAGAGAUGAGCGACAUGAGGGAGAGCGUAUUAGGAGGAGGAGGAGAAGAGAAAGAGGAGCAGCCACAGAAGGGAGCCAGGGACAAUGGGGAUCUACCACCGCUUUAUGUGAGGGAUGUAGAGGAUUGUGAACAGAGCUUGAGGGAGUGUAUGCAGUUUGAGCAGGAGAAGAGGGAAGAGCAGAGAAGGAGUGUGAUUGAGUGUUUUCAGGAGGAGGUGAUGGAAAUACAGCGUAGAGACCAACCUGAGACGGAGAGGUUGAGUCCCCUCAGUCAGAUCCCUCGAAAGGGUUCUGUAGGUGGGGAAUGGGAGCCCCUGGACAACCAGCAGAGUUAUACACGCAGAGGCAGUGUUGCCCAUACCUUGAAUGUGAAAGAUCAUGAGGCCCUCGUUGUCUUGCGAGAUCAUGCCUGCCUUGUAACCUCAGCUAUCCAGCUUUUUGUCUCACCGGCCAGGAAUGGCCACAGCUCCCCUCCCUUAUCUCCCCACAUCUCUCGGGCAAAGUCUUACCCUCAGGGUAAAGCCCAGCCUCUGGACCCACGCAUGCAAGGACACCAUGAGACUCUGGAGCUCCUGCAGGCAAUGCUGUUAGCCUUAAUGGGGAGGGUGGAGUUAUUGGUGACACAAGGAGGAGAGUUGAGGGUUGAAGGAAAUUGGGAUCCCACCGCAAUCUCAUCCCUGGCUGAUCAGGACACACAAAACAACACAGAGGUCUCAGCCAAGAAGGAAACAGGUGAAGGCCUGCACACAGUAGUGGUGAAGGAGAGCGUAAGACGAGCAACACAGUCAGACCACCUCGACAGCUGCAGGGACCCCAUGAUGAAGCUCACUUUAAAGGUCCUCUGGGUCCUCCACCAGCGCAGUGUGGGGAAGAGAUCUGGCCUGGAGGGCAAAGAGAGCAGAGAUCUUACGACUAUGUCUAUACUACACGGGUUGCUGCAGUACUUGGGCACAGAGCUGCAGGACUCAGAGGACAGCAUGGCAGGACAGGAUGAGAAGGCCACAUGGGCAUCAGACUGGAAAGGCUUAGUCUCCAAGAUGGAGUGCAGCACUGGUAAGACUGAGGCACAGGAGUAUCCAGACCAGCCAGGCCAUCCUAGAGGAAUACAGAGUGAGAUAACUGGGACAAGAAAUAAGACCAAACCAGACCGCUCUAUAUUAGGUUCCAAGAAGAAGAACUGGUGUUACCUCAGCCAAGAGGCUGCCCAGCUAGACAGAGAAGACCCCUUUAAGACCUGGGACCACCCCAUCAUGCCCCCUAGCUUCCCUAAUCUAAACUUGGACCAGUUGACCCUGGACAGUAGCUGCACUGCCCCAGAGAAGACUGUCCUCCGCAUCUACUACAGUCCCCUGUCUGCACGGAGAGUCCAUCUAGCUCAUCUGAGGCACAUUACCAACACUGAUAGAAAUUCUACUUCCAGUGUAAUCUCUGCCAGGCUUAGUACGUCCCAAAACUCUCUCACUCCCUUAUGUCUGAGGGUCUCCGCUAACUUGAGCGACGACAUGAAAGAGAUGACAGCUAGCUUACGACAGGCAGUUCACUCCAGUUCGCCAGAGAGGAGGAAGGGGAGGGUGAUUGUGAGUGGGGGAUGGACAGUGGACGUGGCCACCACAGGGACUCAGACCCAGAUGCACCCACAGAUGGUGAGUGUGGGUCUACAGACGGAUGGGCCCUACAGUGUAAGUGCAGUGAGAGGCAACCCUUUACGCCUCUCUACCCGCACUCAACAGAUCUCGACUUCCCUUGAGAGGCUCCCAGGGAGGACCGAGAGGUCCAAGUCAGGCUCCACCUCCCCAAAAAUGUACUGCAGAUACUCUGCCUCUGCUUCAUCUUCAUCGUCCAUCUCCCCUUCCUCCACAACUGGUUUCACCACCACCUCCAUCUCCUCCACCUCCUCCUCUGCCACUCCUGGCAGGGAGGGUGUUUUGUGGAGCCUUUCCCAUCGGGGUCCUGCUGGGCCUACCUGGGCCCGCCCCAUUAAUCCCAGAGCUGGUCCAAGGCUUAUUCACCAUAGCACAAUAAACAGUGAAUUGAGCAGUGGAGGGAACAACACUAAACCCACCAGAAAACCUGGUGGUGCCAACCGGUACGGCCUAGUCACAGAGUUCUUGCGCAAAAUGAGUGGUCGAGCAGACAAGCCAGCACAAGCAACAGCACCGGGCGGGGGGCAGAAGGGGAAAUGCAGUCCAACUCAUAAAACCCUGGAGGUUGUGCCCACUCGUCGCCCUGCUGCACCAGUACACAGGAACGACAAUGUCGCCAGGAUUGGGAACCAGAGGUUCAUGAAGCAGAGAGAGGAAGCGUGCCGCAGCCAGAAGGAGGAUAACUGCCCCAGACAGGCCCACAGUCAGAACCAGGCUCUCAGAAGAGACCUGAACCUGGAGAGUAAAUUGACACUGGAAGAUGGGAACUAUGACUGUAGCAGUUCCAAGUCCUUGUCCUUCUGCUUUGCCCGAUCAUCUCGCCUUGGCCCUGACCAAGCUACAGCAUAAUAGAUAUUCCUCCGCUGUAAACGGUUGUGGGUCAGGAGAGCCCAACUCCAACUGUGAGUAAGGGGGUGGAGCAGUAUCACCUUGACACCACUGGACAGCUGAUAAAGAUUACAAGGGACAUGGAUAAUCCAAGGCCUGUGUUCUGGAAUUCUGCUUUCAGUAAUCAGGAUGAAUGGAUAGAGGGAAGUACUUUAGAACCCAUUAUGAUAGGGGGUAUAGUUAUUUGAGAUACAUACAUGUCUAUUAUCUGCCUGUAGCAUGUCAUUUUUGAAAGAGAAGGAGUUAUGUAAGAAAUUCUGUGCUAGAAAAACUAUUUUUUUCUUCUUUCAGUUCAGCCCAUGGCACUUCACCUUUUUACAAUAUGUAACAACCUUUUUGGACACACCAAGGCAUUUACAAUUGUCAGUUCUCUUGAUUUUGUAUUAUCUUAUAGAACUAAAUAAUAUUUUCUACAUCUGUAAGAAUAUUGUCGGAAUGAAUAAACUACUAUACUAUGCAAUUCUGUACUGUAAUGAAUGCUGUCCAUACUUGUACUGUAUGUACAGUGCUGUUCGGAAAAGUAUUCAGACCCCUUGACUUUUUCCACAUUUUGUUACGUUACAGCCUUAUUCUAAAAUGUAUUAAAUUAUGUAUUUUUCUCAUCAAUCUA